CAAUUCAUAUUCGUUAACAGUUAUACAUGGUUAAAUUAACAUGAUGCUUUUUUAAUAAUAUAGAUUUACAAUCUCAUAUUAAUCAGAAGUGAAAUAUAUUAUUUAUCUACAAUAAACCCUGUAAGUCGAUUAAACGUAGACAAAUAGAAAUAUCAAACCAACCACAGUCGACACAAACUUUUCCAUAAAUCCUCAACUGCACUUCUAUAAAUAUAAUUUUCCAUUAAGAUCAUAGAUGAUGUAAAUCCAAACAGUAUUUCUCCUGAUUUUGUGUCCCACGUUGCCUUCAGUCUGUUGAGAGCAGAGAAAUCAUUUCCAUAGAGAGGAGGCUUUGCAUCGUCAGCUGAUCCUCCAGUGAACUGAGAAGGUUUAUAGUCCUGUGAGUUCAACACUGCAGGACUCAGAUCUGUCAGUCAACACAGCAGAAAGCACAACCACCAUGACUCUCAUCACCAUCCUCAUCUGGACGCUGGCCUGCUGCUGUUUUACAGGAUGCAGCGGUCAGGUGACUGUGACUCAACCUCCAGUAGUGACAUCUACUCCAGGAUCCACUGUCACUCUCACCUGUAAAAUUAAUCAGGCUGUUUAUAGAUAUAGUGAUGGAGAUGAUGCUAUGUACUGGUAUCAACAGAAAUCUGGACAGACUCCAAAACUGCUAAUAAAAUUUGCAAGCACACUUGAAUCAGGAACACCAGCUCGGUUUAGUGGCAGUGGAAGCAGCUCUGACUUCUCUUUGACCAUCAGUGGAGUUCAGACUGAAGAUGCAGCAGUUUACUACUGUAAGAGUGCACACUAUAUAAGUGGUUGGAGGUUGAUCUCUCACUCCUCCUCACCUCUGCUCUUUCUGUUUCACAACAACAGGUGUGUGUUUGCCUUCUUAAAUGUAUUUUGCAUGACUUUCAUGCAUCACUGCUCCUCAGAGUUUAAGUUCUUGUGUCACAGAGAGUCUGAACUGCUUUCAUGCACUCACACUGAAAACUGCAUCAGGAUGAUGUCGCCAAUAACUCUGCUGGUCAUGUUGGGUUUUCUGAGUCAGGAGUCUUCUGCCAACAAUUUUCUGACUCAGACUGACAAAUUCAAGUCUGUUAGUCUUGGAGGGACGGUGACCAUCAGCGCCACAGGGAGUUCAAACAUCGGUAGUGAUCUCAGUUGGUACCUUCAGAAACCUGGACAAGCUCCCAAACUUCUUAUAUACAGCGCUUCAACUCUACAGUCAGGAACUCCAUCUCGAUUCAGUGGCAGUAGAUCUGGUUCAGGUUACACCCUGACCAUCAGUGGUGUUCAGGCUGAAGAUGUUGGAGAUUACUACUGUCUUGGUGACCAUGGUGGAGCGUUCACACAGUGAUUUAUAGCCGUACAAAAACCUCCUUCAGUUUGACUGAAGUGAAAACGGCCUGCUGCAGCUGCAGAGGGUUGAUGAAGAGACUGUGAUGAGGAUAACUGGUCGAGUGAACACAACACUGUGACUCUGACACACAAGAGUCAUCAAGCAGAACCACAAUGAACCCAAA